GGGCUCUGCUACGGUGCAGGGUAGUGGCUAGUGUCGCGGGAAUGAUUAGCAUUUUACCAACGCAUCGUGUUCACAAGCCAAGAGCCUUCUGAUUCGAUGAUAAAAUAAACACAUUUAAUUGAACCCUUCUUUGUACACAUUUUGUGUACCACCACAGCUGAAGACCUGGAAUCGAAAAUGAACUGGGGGUCCUUUUACGCCGUAAUCAGCGGCGUAAACAGGCAUUCCACCGGCAUCGGCCGCAUCUGGCUGUCUGUCAUCUUCAUCUUCAGAAUCCUGGUCCUCGUGGUGGCGGCCGAGUCCGUCUGGGGCGACGAGAAGUCUGGCUUCACCUGCAACACCCAGCAGCCCGGCUGCAACUCUGUCUGCUAUGACCAGUUCUUUCCCAUCUCACACAUCCGCCUGUGGGCCUUGCAGCUCAUCCUGGUGUCCACGCCUGCUCUCCUAGUGGCUAUGCAUGUAGCCCAUCGCAGACACAUCAACAAGAAGAUCCUGAAGAAGUCCGGGCGCGGUUCCCCUAAGGAGCUGGAACAACUCAAGAACCAGAAGUUUGCGAUCACAGGCGCCCUCUGGUGGACCUACAUGAUCAGUGUGCUGUUUAGGAUCGUUCUGGAAGUCUGCUUCCUUUAUAUAUUCUACUUGAUCUACCCUGACUUCAAGAUGUUCCGUCUGGUCAAGUGUGACUCGUACCCCUGCCCCAACACUGUGGACUGCUUCGUGUCACGACCCACGGAGAAAACCAUCUUCACCGUGUUCAUGCUCUCCGUGUCGGGGGUGUGUGUUCUCCUCAACCUGGCCGAGGUGGCCUACCUGAUUGGCAGAGCCUGUCUGAGGUGUAUCCAUGGUAACCAGGAAGAGACUAAGGUAGCAUGGAUCGGUCAGAAACUGUCCUCCUACAAACAGAAUGAAAUCAACCAGAUGAUCGCUGACCAGUCGAAGUUCAAGUUCAACAUGGGAGCUAGGAAGACCUCUAUGGAGAAGGGAGAGAGGUGUUCUGCUUUCUGAUAGGCUGCCCUGGAAGGGAGAGAGGUGCUCUGCUUUCUAAUAGGCUGCCCUGAAAGGGAGAGAGGUGCUCUGCUUUCUAAUAUGCUGCCCUGGAAGGGGGAGAGGUGCUCUGCUUACUAAUAGGCUGCCCUGGAAGGGAGAGAUGCUCUGCUUUCUAAUAGGCUUCCCUGGAAGGGAGAGAGGUGCUCUGCUUUCUAAUAGGCUGCCCUGGAAGGGAGAGAGGUGCUCUGCUUACUAAUAUGCUGCCCUGGAAGGGAGAGAGGUGCUCUGCUUACUAAUAGGCUGCCCUGGAAGGGAGAGAGGUGCUCUGCUUUCUAAUAGGCUGCCCUGGAAGGGAGAGAGGUGCUCUGCUUUCUAAUAGGCUGCCCUGGAAGGGAGAGAGGUGCUCUGCUUUCUAAUAGGCUGCCCUGGAAGGGAGAGAGGUGCUCUGCUUUCUAAUAGGCUGCCCUGUAAGGGAGAGAGGGGCUCUGCUUUCUAAUAGGCUGCCCUGGAAGGGAGAGAGGUGCUCUGCUUUCUAAUAGGCUGCCCUGGAAGGGAGAGAGGUGCUCUGCUUUCUGAUAGGCUGCCCUGGAAGGGAGAGAGGUGCUCUGCUUUCUAGUAGGCUGCCCUGGAAGGGAGAGAGAUGCUCUCCUUUCUAAUAGGCUGCCCUGGAAGGGAGAGAGGUGCUCUGCUUUCUGAUAGGCUUUCAAGUCCUAGUUCUCACUCCUUUUCACUGCUUCAAA